AUGAUUUCAAAGAAGUUGUCAAAUGGCUACGAAAUGCCGGGAUUGGCGUUUGGGACUUGGAUUUUACCCGAUGAAAAAGAAUUUGAAACAGCUAUAAAUUCAGCUUUAGAAUGUGGCUAUCGCCAUAUCGACACUGCUUACCUCUAUCAAAAUGAAUCGCUACUCGGCAAAAUCCUUAAAAAAUGGUUAACUUCUGGAAAGAUUAAAAGAGACGAACUAUUUAUAACGUCUAAACUACCCAUGUUUGGAAAUAACAAGGACAGAGUUGAAAAAUAUAUAACUAAAUCUUUAGCCGAUUUACAGCUGGACUAUGUAGAUAUGUAUUUGCUCCAUUUUCCUGUGGCGACUGCCGAUGGAACUUUCGAAACACCUAUUCAGAAAUUAACUGCUGAUGACACCAAUCACUAUACACUUUGGCAAAAGAUGCAAGAGCAAGUCGAAUUAGGCCGAACGAGAGCUAUUGGAUUAUCUAAUUUUAACCGAAAACAAAUUGAAAAUAUUCUCACAUUUUGCCGAAUUCCCCCAUCUUGUCUACAAAUAGAAACGCACCUAUUUUUACAGCAAAAAGAAUUAGUAAGUUUUUGCCAAAAAAAUAAAAUAGUUGUAACUGGAUAUGCUCCAAUUGGUACGCCAGGAAUAAAUAAGUUCUUAACAUCUAUAGGGCAAGAUGAGAAAAUGUUACCUAAUGGAUUAGAUCACCCCCUUAUUAAGUCAGUUGCUGAAAAAUAUAAUAAAUCUGCUAGCCAAGUUAUGUUGAGGUAUUUGAUUGAAAGAGACAUUAUUCCUAUUCCAAAAAGUUGUAACCCGAAAAGGAUUAAAGAAAAUAUUGAAGUUUUCGAUUUUGUACUGUGUUUUGAAGAUAUGGAGCAAUUAGAAACAUUAGAUAUGGGAGAACAAGGGUGGCCAUGA